CCUCACCCCUGUUCCUCUUGAACAUGGAGAAGGUGCUGGUGGGCUGUUGGCUGCUGCUCCUGCUCAUCCUCCCCAUCCCGGCCUCCACCAGAGAGCGGCCCCAGGUCAGAGGGCCCUCCAGAGGCCGCCAGGCCCGGAUGCACCCGCAGACAGCGCUCCUGGAGAGCACCUGCGAGAACAAGCGGGCAGACCUGGUCUUCAUCAUCGACAGCUCCCGCAGCGUCAACGCCCACGACUACGCAAAGGUGAAGGAGUUCAUCAUGGACAUCUUGCAGUUCCUGGACAUUGGUCCUGAUGUCACUCGGGUGGGUCUACUCCAGUACGGCAGCACAGUAAAGAACGAGUUCUCCCUGAAGGCCUUCAAGAGGAAGUCUGAGGUGGAACGAGCCGUCAAGAGGAUGCGGCAUCUGUCCACCGGCACCAUGACGGGGCUAGCCAUCCAAUAUGCCCUCAACAUUGCCUUCUCAGAGGCAGAGGGAGCCCGGCCCCUGUGGGAGAAUGUGCCACGGGUCAUAAUGAUUGUGACAGAUGGGAGGCCUCAGGACUCGGUGGCUGAAGUGGCCGCAAAGGCACGGGACACAGGCAUCCUGAUCUUUGCCAUUGGUGUGGGCCAGGUGGACCUCAACACACUGAAGGCCAUCGGGAGUGAACCCCACGAGGACCACGUCUUCCUGGUGGCCAACUUCAGCCAGAUUGAGUCACUGACCUCCGUGUUCCAGAACAAGUUGUGCACCGUUCACAUGUGCAGCGUCUUGGAACACAACUGUGCCCACUUCUGCAUCAACACGCCUGGCUCAUACGUCUGCAGGUGCAGGCAAGGGUACAUUCUCAACUUGGACCAGAAGACUUGCAGAAUCCAGGAUCUGUGUGCCGUGGAAGACCAUGGCUGUGAGCAGCUCUGUGUGAACGUGCCCGGCUCCUUUGUCUGCCAGUGCUACAGUGGCUACAGCUUGGCUGAGGAUGGGAAAAGGUGUACAGCCGUGGAUUACUGUGCUUCGGAAAACCAUGGAUGUGAACACGAGUGUGUAAAUGCUGACAGCUCCUACUUGUGCCGGUGCCGUAAAGGAUUUUCUCUGAACCCGGAUAAGAAAACAUGCACAAAGAUAGACUACUGUGCCUCACGUAACCAUGGAUGCCAGCAUGAGUGUGUGAACACCGGUGAGUCCUAUUCCUGCCACUGCCUGAAAGGCUUUAUGCUGAAUCCAGACAAGAAAACCUGCCGAAGGAUCAACUACUGUGCACUGAACAAACCAGGCUGUGAACACGAGUGUGUCAACACAGAGGAGGGUCACUACUGCCGCUGCCGCCGGGGCUACACCCUGGACUCCAAUGGCAAGACCUGCAGCCGGGUGGACCACUGUGCGCAGCAAGACCAUGGCUGUGAACAGCUGUGUCUGAACACAGAGGAGUCCUUCGUCUGCCAGUGCUCAGAAGGCUUCCUCAUCAACGAGGACCUCAAGACCUGCUCCAGGGUGGAUUACUGCCUGCUGAGCAACCAUGGAUGUGAACACUCCUGCAUCAACACAGAUAGAUCCUUCGUCUGUCAGUGUCCUGAGGGCCACACACUUCGCAGCGAUGGGAAGACCUGUGCAAAACUGGACUCUUGUGCUUUGGGGGACCAUGGUUGUGAACAUUCCUGUGUAAGCAGUGAAGACUCAUUUGAGUGCCAGUGCUUCGAAGGCUUCAUCCUCCGCGACGACGGGAAGACGUGCAGAAGGAAAGAUCUCUGCCAGGCUGUGGACCACGGCUGUGAGCACCUCUGUGUGAACGAUGGGGAAUCAUACACCUGCAAGUGCCUGGAGGGAUUCAGGCUGGCCCCGGAUGGGAAGCAGUGCAGAAGGAAGGAUAUCUGCAAGUCAACCCGCCACGGCUGUGAGCACACUUGUGUGAACAGCGGGGAUUCCUACGUGUGCAAGUGCUCGGAGGGCUUCGUCCUAGCCGAGGACAGAAGGCACUGCAAGAGAUGCACUGAAGGCCCGAUUGACCUGGUCUUUGUGAUCGAUGGAUCCAAGAGCCUUGGAGAAGAGAAUUUUGAGAUUGUGAAGCAUUUUGUUACUGGGGUCAUAGAGUCCUUGGCAGUGUCCCCCAAAGCCGCUCGCGUGGGGUUGCUCCAGUAUUCUACGCAGGUCCGCACAGAAUUUACCCUGAGGAAUUUCAACUCAGCCAAAGACAUGAAAAAAGCUGUGAGCCACGUGAAGUACAUGGGCAAGGGCUCGAUGACUGGACUGGCCCUGAAGCACAUGUUUGAGAGAAGUUUCACCCAGGUUGAAGGGGCCAGGCCCCUCUCCUCACGGGUACCCAGAGUGGCUAUCGUCUUCACCGAUGGACGCGCGCAGGAUGACGUCUCUGAAUGGGCCAGUAAAGCCAAGGCCAAUGGUAUCACUAUGUAUGCAGUGGGGAUAGGAAAAGCCAUUGAGGAAGAGCUACAGGAGAUUGCCUCUGAGCCCGCUGACAAGCAUCUCUUCUAUGCGGAAGACUUUAGCAGUAUGGGCGAGAUAAGCGAAAAGCUGAAGCAAGGCAUCUGCGAAGCUCUCGAAGACUCUGAUGGAAGACAGGACUCCCCAGCAAGGGAACCACCAAAGCAAGUCCACCAGCCAACAGAAGCUGAGCCAGUCACCAUAAACAUCCGAGACCUACUUUCCUGUUCUAAUUUUGCAGUGCAGCAUAGAUAUCUGUUUGAAGAAGACAGGCUUUCACGUUCUACGCAAAAACUUUUUCACUCAACAAAGCCUUCAGGAAGCCCUUUGGAAGAAAACCAUGAUCAAUGCAAAUGUGAAAACCUUAUCACAUUCCAGAACCUUGCAAAUGAAGAAGUGAGAAAAUUAACCCAGCGCCUAGAAGAAAUGACACAGAGGAUGGAAGCCUUGGAAAACCGCCUCAGAUACAGAUGAACACUUGAACUGUUUUAUGUAUUGGUACACCAUCAUAUUGAGGAUUUCAACGAGAGCCACAGACCCCCGACACUCAGGCCUUUGUUCAGUCUGUAGUGUUGUGAAGUGAAACUCAGCCAGUACCGAGGAAGCUGGAUUACUGUGCAGCAAAGACAAAAACAUCAACACUAACUUGUAUGAAUUUGAUUUAGGAAAAAUACUUCUUCUGAAUUCUGAGUUUACCAUGAGAAUGAUAAGCUGUGCAAAGUACUUUGUAAUGCACUGUGGAUAUGAUUUGCUUCUGCCUCAUCUUGCCUUAGUGUUGCAAUCUCAUUUUCUCAUUUGACUACAAAAUAAUUUACGGUCUUACUUCUGUAGAACACUGGCUAUAUGAAAUGCUAUUUUUUUUUGUAUUGGAAUUUACUUUGAUAUAUGUAUAUGGAUGUAUGCAUAAAAUCAUAGGACAUA